GCCUUCAGGUUUGCCAGAGGCAAUGAGAUCCUCUACAGCUUGUGCGUCAUCCCUGUCAUGAGCUGGACCAUCUGCACCAUCCUCAAACAGGAGCUUUCCAAGAAGAAAAACCUCGUGGAGUGCUCUAAAGCCACCACGCAGAUGAGCCUGUUUUACCUCUCCUGGUUGAUGCAGUGCAGAGGCAGGGACAACCCGCAGGACCUCCAGCGCUUCCUGCGCAAGCUCUGCCUCUUGGCUGCGGAUGGCAUCUGGAAGCACAAGGUCCUCUUUGAGGAGAAGGAUAUCAAGGCCCAUGGCUUGGAGCAGCCUGAAUUUCUCCCCCUCUUCCUCAACGAGAAGCUCUCAAGGAAAGGUGUAGACUGUGGGAACAUCUACAGCUUCACCCACCUGCACCUCCAGGAG